AAAGGCUCUCCUCUUCAGAGUGUCUGUAAUAAAAGUGCAGCGUGAAGUCUCAUUUGAUUUGCACAGCAACAGGCCAAGCAUGUCCGAGACCACAGAGCCACAGCCAAUGUCCAGCAGGCAGAGAUGCCCCCAGGCCAAAGGUUUGGAGAGUGUGGCCCCGCUGGUGAACUCUGUCGAGGAAAUCCCUGAUCCCAUUCCCACCACCAUCAAGGGAACUGUCCCAACAUGGAUCAACGGGAGCUUCUUGAGGAAUGGCCCAGGGAAGUUUGAAUUUGGCCAAGACAGAUACACCCACUGGUUUGACGGCAUGGCCAUGAUGCACAGAUUUCACAUCAGUGAGGGCAAUGUGACGUACAGCAGCCGCUUCCUGAGAAGUGACUCGUACACGCGCAACUCUGAGAUGAACCGCAUCGUGGUGUCAGAAUUUGGAACGCUGGCCAUGCCGGAUCCCUGCAAGAACAUCUUUGCGCGAUUCUUCUCACGUUUCCAGAUCCCAAAGGCCACUGACAACGCAAAUGUGCAUUUUGUCAAGUACAAGGGAGACUAUUUCGUCAGCACGGAAACCAACUACAUGAGGAGAAUUGAUCCUCAAACUCUGGAAACGAAAGAAAAGGUGGACUGGAGCCAGUAUGUUGCUAUCAAUGCAGCCACGGCUCACCCACAUUAUGACCGCCAAGGGGCCACGUACAACAUGGGCAACUCUUACGGGAAAGGAGGUUUCUUCUACAACAUCAUCCGCGUGCCCCCACCCGAGGAGACGGGGGUGAGCGAGGACUGCGCAGAUCUGUACGGAGCCAAAGUCCUCUGCUCCAUCCGAGCGAGCGAACCCAGAAAACCCUCCUACUAUCACAGCUUCGUCAUGUCAGAGAACUACAUUGUGUUUGUGGAGCAGCCCAUUAAAUUGGAUCUCCUCAAGUUCAUGCUGUACCGCAUCCAAGGAAAAAGUUUUCACAAAGUCAUGAGCUGGGAGCCCCGCUACGACACCAUCUUCCACCUGGUCGACCGGCACACCGGGAAAGAGAGUGAAGUGAAGUACCGUGCAGCUGCCAUGUUCACGCUGCAUCAGAUCAACGCCUUUGAGGACAACGGCCUACUGGUUAUGGACAUGUGCUGCGGGGAUGACGGCGAAGUCAUCGGAGACUUCACCUUGGAGAACCUCCGCAGAGGCCCAGGAGAGGAGAUGGACAAGUUUUACAACUCACUGUGCAGAAACCUGCCAAGGAGGUACGUUCUGCCGUUACAUGUCGACAAAUCAACACCCCUGGACCAGAACCUUGUCACCUCGCAAAACUACAAAGCCACAGCCAAAAUGACCAAACCUGGAGAGGUUUACCUGACCCACGAGGAACUUCACGAUGACGAACUGCUGAAAUACGGUGGCCUCGAGUUCCCUCAGAUCAACUACGAGCGCUGCAACGGAAGACCUUAUCGCUACUUCUACUCGUGUGGUUUUGGACAUGUCUUCAGUGACUCCCUGCUCAAAAUGGACGUUCACACCAAGGAGCUUAAGGUGUGGCGCUAUCCUGGCUUGUUCCCGUCUGAGCCUGUUUUCGUUGCUUCGCCCGAGGCGACCGAGGAAGAUGAUGGCGUUGUGUUGUCAGUCAUUAUCACGCCACGAGAAGACAAAAGUACGUUCCUUCUCGUUUUGGAUGCUAAGACCUUCAAUGAACUGGGCAGAGCAGAGGUCCCUGUCAAUAUUCCAUACGGUACCCACGGUGUCUUCAAUCUCAUGGGUUAGAAGUUCCACUGGUACGGGACCCGUCAACCCGGCCACAAACGACUUGCCUGUGACAAUAAUGAACUCUUGAACUGAACAAUAGCAAAAAAAAUAAGUGCUUGAAUACUGUUUAUGGAAUCCACUGAUUGGAAUAGGUCCGGUCCACAAAAUCAUGUGGUAAGAAUGUUCUCCUGGCAAUUAUAAGAAUGGCGGUCUUUGGAAGCAAACUUGUCCCAAAGUGCAUUUCGAUCUGACCCAAAUGGAAGUCUUUGAAGGACAAAUCCUUUUCAGAAUUGCGUAAACAAAUGUCAGCAGAAGACAAUAAAAUGAAAUCUGUUUAAAUCU